AUGUCAGCAUGGCCAUUGCCACCUGCCGUCGGCCGCAUGGAAACGACGCUCAGGAGCACCCAGGUGGGAGACACCAGUUUCGACAUCGCCAGGUGGUGCCGCCAGGAGCUCGACACGCGUCCAUCCGACAAGGUUCUCUCGGAAUGGGGCCGCGGCGACUGCGCCAGCGUGGCAGGCUCGAGUCAGGAUGGAGGCUCACCGCGUGGCGACGGCGGUCUUCUAGCAGCCAUGGAGGUGUGCCAAGCUCAUCAGUACCGGAUGAGUCUUGAGAUGCAUCGCCACCUGGAGCGAGUGCUAGAUGCCAUCAGCCAGGGAAAGAAGCACGGGAUCGCAAAGCCAGGGCUCAGGCUGCGAGGCCAGGGCACCUUGGUCCAAACAGACAGUCAGUGCGCAGCGGUGCGGGCACCCCGUCCACCGCAGGAGCCUCGCAUACGACCUUCUGUUACUUCGAGAAGGCUAUUCCAAGAGGACUCCGAGAUCGCAGAAACGAUUGUCACGAAGGUGCAAGAAACACCAUCUUGGCAAAUGUUGCGGGAACAGCCGAAACGCCCCGCUGGGCCACCCACUGGUCGUCCUCGGCCUUGCUCACUGGAUCGGAAGGCAGCUGUCCAGCAUGCAUCUGGGAUCACCCGAGCUAUGAAUAAGAUGUCUGAGAACGAUGCGGCAGCUGAGCAAAGGGGUCGUGAGCGCCAAACUGGACUGUUCUGCGAGGUGUGGACCGGCCGGAGCCCGCCAUCCUUCCAGGAUGCACCUGCCGAGACCGGGAACUGGCCGAUUACAUUCCCUAGUUCUCACGGACUCGGAUCACAUCCAAACGCCCAGCCAAUCCGACAGCCACAGCUGAGCUCGAGUCAGGGACAAGGUGAAGCGGUGAGCAAACGUCCAGAUGCUGUGCCUCCUACAAGCCUGAACAUCUCAAAUGCCGAUCCGCAGCUUCAAGAGUACAUAGCCUGCAGGGAGAAAGACAAGGCAUUCCUUGCUCUGCCGGCCACAAGCACGGAAGGGCCGUGGAGUGAUACCUUCCAUGACACCCCGGCUACCUCGGAGCUUGCAUGCAAUGUUUCACUCUCAGAUGAAAGCCCUUCGCUGGAAACGUCUCUUCCGAAGAAGGCUGAGCCUAUGCAUGUAUCAGCUCCCAGUGGUCCAAACGCUGUCGCACCAAAGCAGAGGGCAGAAUGCCAAGUCUGGAGCUUCAGCGCACGAGACACUUUCCCUCCGCACGCCAAUGUAGUGACUGGGAUGCCAGCGCCGGAGUCAUCACGACCAGUGAAUGCACAGUUCUUCGUCUCCGGCACCAGCCCUCGAUGGUUUUCUCCUGACUGGUUUCCUGCAACCUCGAUCCAACAUGUCGCCGACUUUGGUGCCGAAAAGGAGAACCGUGGUGGAAUCGUGUGGGAGCCAACAGCCGUCCGGCAGCACAACGAUGCGACAGAGGAGUUCCCGGUCUCUGAUCUCUUGGACAUCUUUGCUGCAGGCGCCGCACCGUCUGGCAUCUUCAAGCGCGUCUGA